UAGGACAUUUGUGACCUUAAAUCAUAACAAUGAAACUUUACGAUGUGUUUAUAACAAUAGUAAAGACCAUAACAGUAGUAAAGAUCACAAUAGCAGUGAAGACUGUAGUAAUAGUAAUAAUAAUCAUGAAACAACAAAUGCAAUGAAAACAGGAUACUCAUCUUUACAGUUGGAGAAUGGAAACGUUGUACAAAAGACAAUAUUUCAUAGAAACAUCUUACAACUCACAGAAAAUAAAACCCUUUCAUGGAAAGAGCUCUAUGAUCGCUAUUUGCAAGAAAUCGAAUCUGAACCUAUUGAUUUACUUGGACUAGCUGUGGAUGCUCUCGAAAAAGAGAAUAAUAGUGACAAAUACUAA